CACGUGUUCUGUAUUGACAACUCCGGCGGAUGCUGCUGGUCCGUCGGACAACACUGUCCGUCAUUUCCUCCGGCGGCCGAAAGAAAGGUUCCACAACCCGGAAGACAACAAGACCACGUUGUUUCCGAAUCAAAACGUGUUGCGAACAGCAGAGUAACGUUACUGAGAGUAGCAGAGAGCAGACUGCCGAGAGAACAGCUUUGUAGCCGUAACUACUGGAACGUGUGAUAGUCUCUACCCAGCAACGGGAUGGAGGCCCAACCAGAGGAGAUGGCUUUGGUACCGGAGGUUCUUCAGAGCUCAGCAGAGACACACGGAGAGGAACUGGAACUGAACAACGGUACCAGCACCAAGCACCUGGAGGACGGAUGCACAGCUGAGACAGAACCUCAGGGACUGACCUCCGGUACCUCAGACAGCCGUUUACUGGGAGAGUUAACGGGAGGAGCAGAGGAGAUGGAGGUUACAGAGAAUCUCAGCUCUGUCUCGAGCUCCGAGCUGGGAGAUGGAACCACACACCUUCCCCAGGACCUCUCCCGGGACCUCUCUCAGGACCUCUCUCAGGACCCCUCUCAGGACCUCUCUCAGGACCCCUCUCAGGACCUCCCCCAGGACCCCUCUCAAGACCUCCCCCAGGACCCCUCUCAGGACCUCUCCCAGGACCCCUCUCAGGACCCCCCCCAGGUACUGCUGACGUUACAGGACGGUGUCAGGGACCAGCAGGACAGCAGCAGCUCCUCAGACAGUGAUUCAGACUCCUCUUCCUCCGGUGUGACGCUGGCUGUUGUGUUAGGUCAGGCAGAUGAAGAUGAUGAUGACGACGAAGGCUUCGGUCGGGCAAGGAAACCCUGUUCCAUCAAAACCCUGGAUGAGAUCCUGCCUGAGGACUUGCCUGCUGUCGAAGAGUUGACGGUUGUUCUACCAGAGGAGGCGGAGAUACUGCCCCUAGGAUCAGUCACCAGUAUCAUCCAACAGCUGGUGAUCAUUCAGUCAUUGAAGGACACGCCCCCUCUGAAGGACGACAGCGUCAUCUUCAACUCUGAUAGGCUGGCCGUGGGCAAGGUAUUUGAGGUGUUUGGGCCGGUCUCCAGUCCCUUCUAUGUGUUGAGGUUUAACUCAGAGAGUGACAUCGCAGAGAGAGGAGUGAAGCUGAAGGACUCCAUGUUCUACGCCCCGUCUCUCACUGACUACACCCUCUACAUCCUCACUGAGCAGCUACGACGGUUGAAAGGCUCCGACGCCUCCUGGAAGAACGACCAGGAACCACCACCAGAGGCGUUAGACUUCAGUGAUGAUGAGGCAGAACAGAAGAUGAAAAAGAAGAAGAAGAAGGGGAAUGUUCAGAAGAGUGAGAGAGAAAGAGGACAGAGAGCUGACCAACAACCAGAUAGAGAUUCCGUCACCAGACCACAGAUGUCCCAGAGGCCUUUGCAACAGAGUCGUCCACCCCGCCGUGACAACUGGGGUCCCCCACCCCGAUACGAAGGGGCUCCGUACUACACACACCAGCCCCACUACCCCUACCCUCCCCCCUACCAGCCCCAGUCCUUCCCUCUCUAUCCUCCCCCUCCUCCCCCACAUUUGUCCGUCCUCUGUCCCAUGACGGCGAAUAACUCAUCCUCCAACACAUUUAUUACGAACAAGAUGAGUGAAGCUGUCGACACCACGACGCUGUGUCUCUUCGAUGUGGACGGGACGCUGACUGCCGCCCGACAGGUAAGUAAGACCAACGAUAGAUCCCACGGUACUUCUACCGAUAGUUCCUACGACGUCCCCCUGACUGGCAAGAAGCAUAUCCAAGGCAAGUGUAUUCUGUCUGGAAACCCCAAAUGUGGCCUCAAGCUGUUCAGACAUACCGUGAUCAUUCAGUCAUUGAAGGACACGCCCCCUCUGAAGGACGACAGCGUCAUCUUCAACUCUGAUAGGCUGGCCGUGGGCAAGGUAUUUGAGGUGUUUGGGCCGGUCUCCAGUCCCUUCUAUGUGUUGAGGUUUAACUCAGAGAGUGACAUCGCAGAGAGAGGAGUGAAGCUGAAGGACUCCAUGUUCUACGCCCCGUCUCUCACUGACUACACCCUCUACAUCCUCACUGAGCAGCUACGACGGUUGAAAGGCUCCGACGCCUCCUGGAAGAACGACCAGGAACCACCACCAGAGGCGUUAGACUUCAGUGAUGAUGAGGCAGAACAGAAGAUGAAAAAGAAGAAGAAGAAGGGGAAUGUUCAGAAGAGUGAGAGAGAAAGAGGACAGAGAGCUGACCAACAACCAGGUCAGACACAUACACUGUUUCUGGCCAACUCUAAAACCUCUGGGUGAAUUUUGUUCGGUUCAUGUCAGGACAAUGUCUGGGGUGUGUUGAAGGCCAUUGGUGGAAAUUCUCCCGGAGAAUCUG